AGGCCGGUGCAGAUUUUUCUUCAUGUCCGAACCGAAUCCACCCCUUUUUAUUACUCUGCGACGCAAAAUCAAAGGCGCUAAAGAACCAAAGAUGGAGGAGAGCACGACUUCUGCUUCUACUGAAGCUGUCGUAGAAGCCCUAAGGGCCAGAGGCUGGUGUUUCGGUGAUUGGGACCAAGUCAAAGCUCUCAUAGUAAUACACACCGCUUUAUCCGACGAUGUGGGCACUUGUUCCGUCGCCGAUUUGGUUGAAUCGGAGCUCGUUAACAUGGACCUUAGAUCCGUCGGAGGCAAAUCCUUAUCCGAACCGAACCUCCGAAAAUCUUCAUUUAUUGUUGGUCCCAAAGUCCUCCAGAUUUCGUCAGUAAGGGAUAUAUCUAGAAGCAGCAUAUCCGAAUUUUCGGGGAAUUCGAGUAGUUUACGUUUGCUGAGAUUGUGUCUUACGGAUGGACAUAGUGAGAUAACUGCCAUUGAGUACUCGCAUGUUCCAGCAAUUCCCGACAAUGUGGUUCCUGGUACUAAGAUUCGUUUGGAAAAUAAAGCCAUCAUACAUGGUGGCAUAUUAUGUUUGAACCCUAAAGUGGUAAGAUUGUUAGGAGGUGUUGUUCAAUCGCUUUAUGAAGAGUGGGAGAUGAACCAAAAAUAUUCAGGUUUCUCCCGUUCAUCAUUAAGGUCAUCUCAAAGUGGUACUGGCGGUCCUCCCCCAUUUGAGAAGUUGCAAAUCGAGGCACCUUCGAGCAGUAGGGUUGUCCAACAAGGCAGAUCAUCUCACUCUGAGUCCACAUUGAAGAGUGCUGGACGUACUGCUGCAAAUUCAGCUGGGAAUACCGAAAGUUGCUGGAGCAGAAGGAACCAGACUGUUGAAGCAAAACCAGAUAAUGUGGACAAUGGUCUUAGGACAGCUUCCAUAACAGAAAAAACUGAAGGAAAUCCAAGUAGCUCAGAAACAAGACCAAAAGAAGUAGUUGAGUCUGUCCCUCUUCAAAAUCAAGCAGCUUCUCAGAAGCUCUUGCAGAAAAUGAGCCAUUCCAACCUGGAUGGUCAACAAUCUAGAGGUCGAAAAUAUAGGGGAAAGGGAAAACAAGAAGAGCCUGUGGUUUUGACUUUGGAUGAGUGGGAAAAGAGGAAAGCUGGUGCAAGUCCUCAGAUGAGAAACGAGCUUCCGGAAACUAGUGGUGAUGAAGAUCUUGCUUGGCAGCUACAGACCCAACUGGAUUUGGAAGAUUAUGGACAAACAAUGCAUGGCACUGAGGCAGAGAGCAUUAAAAGAAGUAUGUUUAACUAUGACAGAGAGGAUGGUAGAAAUCGACAAGAGGAACGUGGAGGGAAAGGAAGGGGGAGGGGAAGGGGAAGGGGAAGAGGAAGAGGAAGAGGAAGGGGUAGAGGGAGGUUUGGCUAAACUUUUGUCCACCUGUAUAUUAUCUCUGCAGUCGUCUUGUACAAGGCAACAUUUUUGCUUAUCCUUUUUUAAUCUUUUUGCCUCUAUUUAUCAUUUUUUUAAGCCCAUGAGUCGCCAUGCCCUUUCAUCUUAUUCCAAAAAAGCACAAAAAGGAAGACAAAGGAUGACUCAAGCUUGCAACUUGGAAAACGAAAUUACAAUUCUUUUUAUCACUUUCUUUUUUGCCGAAAUGGGAUUUUUCUUUUAUUGA